CUGAUUUGAUUCAAUCGCACACUUUUAUUUACGUUUUCGCACUUAUAAUAGCGCAGUUCGCAGUCCAGUAGUAAACUAAAUGCGGUAUAAAAAUAAUUUCGAAGAAGUGAAAAAGAAUAGUACGAAUCUACUUGUUAAUGCUGCUACUAUUACUAUUACUACUACUCCUACUACUACUACUACUAAUACUACAUUCAAAAGUGCAAUGAGUGAUCGUUGGCUUCCCAGUCUUGUUAGUAGUUAGAGGGUUAGUAUUGACUGGUAAUAAGCCCUGUCGGUCCCCCUAGCACUGCGCGUAAUCAACCGUUGUUAGAUCAUGCGACAGCGAUUAAGCGUAUGCUGGAGGCAUGACAAAUCAAGCGUUUAAAUUAAAGUAAUUAAAGCAAUGGUAUGAUUAUUCAGAUCCUAUUUUAGUUUAAUUUUGUAAAGAAAUUCUUUAAUUCAAAACCUAGUUACUUUCAAACACUAAUUACUAUUUCACUAAUUUUCGUUACUAUAUCUAAUUUAGCUAAUCUAUAAUUAUAAAAGACUAAAAUUGAAACUAUUUAAACACAUUUUCACUAUAUGACGACGCUUGAUAAGCCAUCGUCAAACCCAUCACUCUUGGACAGGGAUAUUAUCCUCAAUUAAUCCUGUAAUCGAAUUGUCCGCGUGGUCUUGUAGUACCCCUUCUAGGUAAGAAUCAGCCAUACAUAUUAAAUGCUAGACAUGACCCCAUGAAUAGCGUUUGCAUAUGUAAAAACUUUGCUGAUGUGACUUUCCUAUUAGGCAAUUCUCUCAUCUCAUGUCUUCAAAACCUUGUCUAGCAUAGAAAAUUGAAGGUAAUAAACAAUACAUUACUGUUAGAUAUUCCCGGUUGGGUUAAUUGGCAGAGUCCACACAGAGUUCAUUUGUAACCAACACGAACAAACUAUAAUUGUAUGUGCCAUAUAUGGGUAUAAAAGACAGCCUGAAUAAACCCAAUGAUCAGUUCUUAACAGUAACUUGAAAGUGUCUUUAUUUUCAUAUCGAAGAAACUACCUUAAUUAAAUAUAGUUCUAAGUUUUGAACAGUGGCGGCGAGAAAAAAAAAGAAUAAGAUUUUAAAUCUGUGCAGUGUUAGUGAUCGAGUCCGACCAGUGAUCAAGCCACCGGCUGCUUUGCGGCAUAUUGCGUGCUUCAAUUGUGCAAAAAAAAACUAUUGUUUCCAACGCCGAGUGUGAUGUGCAAAAGCCCGAUCAAGCGUAGGCAAACUGUAUACUGAAACGUAGUGGUACAAAAGUAGAUUAACUUAAGCAAACUUUACCUAAAUUUGUGGCUCAUUCGAAGCGGUAGUGGAAUUAGCAAUUUUGCAAAACCGUGUGCGAAAAACACUUAGGUGAUAAAGUUAAGCAGUGAGCAGUGCCGAGCGCGUACAAUUUGAGUACUCUGAUUCGAGUGGACCGGCAAGGACUCAGUAACCCAGGACUACACUAUUGAGUGGGUAUACUCAGAGAAAAGCGUAAGUUCAAUUUCCUCAUAUUUUGUCCCUUUCUUAUUUCACUCAGAGAAUGUCGGCUAUGGGAACGUUGGACCACUAUGUGGCGGGAACUCCUUUUACCAACUAUGUUGAGAGAUUGGAGAGUCUUAGCCGAUUUAACAAAUGGGAUGAAGAGAAUAAGAAAUGUGUUUUAAUAGCUCUUUCUGGUUCGGUCGUAUACGAUGAAUUAAAAUUAAUGUUUCCUGGUGUAGAACUGCAGACUUUGAGAUACGAUGACAUGAUUAAAAAGUUGAAAGAACGUUUCGACAAAGUCGAACCAGACAUGAUGCAGCGAUAUCGGUUCUACAACCGUUAUCAACGUCCCGAUGAAACAGCUGAAAGCUACAUUCUGGCUGUUAAGUUGCAAGCUGAGAAUUGUGACUUCAAAGAGUUUAAAGAAACCGCAAUUCGAGAUAGGCUUGUUAUGGGACUUUAUGACAAAGAGUUACAGAAAAAGUUGUUGAUGGAUGAGGAUUUGAGUUUAGCUGCGGUGGAGAAAAAGAUUAUUAGUAGUGAGGUAGCGGGAAACCAAGCAAACUCCAUUUUCGGGCCGGAGAGACGAGAUUCAUCUGAAAUCAGCUCAAUAAAGAAUCGAUUAGGAAAAAAAGAGUGGAAUAGGAACCCCAGAGAUUAUGAGAGAGAAGCCAGAGGUUACGAGAGAUCACCCAGAGAGUAUUACGGGCGGUCUAGAGAUCGCAGUCGGUACGUGAGUGAGAAAAAGCAAGUGAGCUUUCGUGAGAGAUCGACUUCGAAUAACAGAGAUGCUAAUCCGUAUGCAAAUGCUAUUUGCAACUUUUGCAAAAAGAAGGGCCAUUUGAGACGACAAUGCUAUUCCUAUCGUAACAACAACUCUGUUAGGUUUGUUGGAUCCGACUCGGGUUCAAAAACUGAAACAUCUUAUAGCUUUAAGCGCGACAAAGAGCACAGUGCAUCUGAGGUAGAAUCGGACGGUAUGGAGUGCUUGUUGAUAACCGCUGUAAACAAAAUCAAUGAGCCGUGCAUGGUUGAUGUUACGAUAGAAGGAAAACGAAUGCAAAUGGAAAUAGAUUCAGGAGCGGCGGUGUCGGUAAUUAGCGAUAUAGAUUAUUUAGACUUUUUUGGAAUGGUUCCGAUCAACACCUGUGAAAGACAAUUAGUGGUCGUGAAUGGCGAUCGCUUGCAUAUUGUAGGGGAAAUAAAAGUUAGAGUUGUCUUGAAUGGAACAGCGAGCUUCCAGAGAAUUAUUAUUUUGGAGUGUGAAAAACAUUUCACACCACUUAUCGGUCGGACAUGGCUUGAUUUCUAUUACCCGGAGUGGAGAACAGGCUUCAUGCAGAAAACUCCAGUCAAUAAAUUGAUGCAAAGUAGAGGUACAGAUGAAAUUGUGGAAAAUUUAAAGCAAAAAUAUUCAAAAAUUUUUAAUAAAGACUUUUCAGAACCGAUUAAGGGUUACGAAGGAGAGUUGCAGUUAAAAUAUGACCAACCGAUUUUUAAAAAAGCGUACACAGUUCCCUACAAACUGAAAGACAAAUUGGAUAAUCACCUCGAUAUGCUUGAGCAGCAAAAUAUAAUAACAGCCAUCAAAGCCAGUGAGUGGGCCUCACCGGUUAUCGUGGUCGUGAAAAAGGAUCAGGAUAUCCGCAUGGUGAUUGAUUGCAAGGUAUCUAUUAAUCGUGUUAUAGUACCGAAUACUUAUCCACUACCGCUAGCUCAGGAUAUUUUUGCUUCUCUGGCUGGGUGUACGGUUUUUUGCUGUUUGGAUUUGGCAGGUGCAUAUACACAGGUGCAACUCUCUGAGCGUUCUAGAAGGUUUAUGGUGAUAAAUACACCCAAAGGCUUAUAUACUUAUAAUCGGCUUCCACAAGGUGCAUCCAGCAGUGCAGCAAUAUUCCAACAAAUUAUGGAACAAAUUCUGCAUGGACUGGAGAACAUAAGUGUUUAUUUAGACGACGUCCUAAUUGCAGGAAAAGAUUUAGCUGACUGUUUGAAAAAUUUAGAAUCAGUUUUAGAACGCUUGACUAAGGCUAAUGUUAAAAUUAACUUUUCAAAAUGUAAGUUUUUUGUAAACAAGUUACCAUAUUUAGGUCACGUAGUGACGGACAAAGGUCUAAUGCCCUCCCCAGAAAAAUUGUCAACAAUCGAACAGGCUAAACCACCCAAGAAUAUUAGCGAGUUAAGGGCUUAUCUUGGCCUGAUAAAUUACUACCAUAAGUUUGUUCCUCACCUGUCAUCAAAGUUGAGCACAUUGCAUGCCUUGUUGAGUAAUGACAAACAGUUUGAAUGGACUGAUAAAUGCGAUACGGCAUUCAAUGCUAGUAAGAAUUCAUUGUUGGAAGCAAAUAUUUUGGAAUACUAUGACCCUAAUAAGCCACUUGUUGUAGUAUCUGACGCUAGUUCGUAUGGCUUGGGGGGAGUCUUAGCUCAUGAAGUCGAAGGAAAGGAAAAACCCAUUUGUUUCACUUCCUUUUCUCUUAACUCGGCACAAAAGAAGUACCCCAUACUACACCUUGAAGCCUUGGCGCUUGUAUGUACCAUAAAGAAAUUUCAUAAAUUUCUAUUUGGGCAAAAGUUCAAGGUUUUCACCGACCACAAGCCGUUACUGGGGAUUUUUGGCAAGUGUGGUGCCAACUCAGUGUUUGUGACAAGACUUCAGAGGUACAUUAUGGAGUUAUCUAUAUAUGACUUCGAGAUCGCAUACAGACCUUCAGCACAUAUGGGCAACGCGGAUUUUUGCUCGCGUUUUCCGUUGAGCCAAGUGGUUCCUAAAAGCUUGGACAGUGAGCAUAUUUUGAGCCUCAAUUUCUCUUAUUCCCUACCACUAGACUACAAGAAAAUUGCAGAAGCUACUUCAGCAGAUUCGCAUUUAGUGGAAAUCCGACGUUUCGUAGAAGAAGGUUGGCCAACAUCGCUGAAUGAACGAUUUAAAGCUAUGUAUUCAUUGAGAAUUGACCUUGAAGUUAUCGAGAACUGUGUUUUGUACCAAGGAAGAGUUGUUAUUCCUGUGAGUUUAAGAUCUAAAGUGCUAAAAAUGCUGCAUGCUAAUCACAUAGGCAUUAUAAAAAUGAAACAACUAGCUCGUGAAACUGUUUUUUGGCCAAGGGUAAAUAUGGACAUAGAGGAUUUUCUCAAUCGUUGUGAAGUCUGUAUAAAGUCAUCUCCAGCACCUUCGAAAUCGACAGAAAAUAAAUGGAUCCCUACAACUAGGCCAUUUAGUCGAAUACAUGCCGACUUUUUCUAUUUUGAUAGGAAAAUGUUCCUACUUAUUGUUGACAGCCAUUCGAAAUGGGUGGAAGUCGAAAUCAUGCUAAACGGAACGGAUGCUAAACGAGUAAUAGACAAAUUCAUGGCCGUAUUUGCAAGAUUUGGGCUUCCAGACGUGGUGGUCACAGACGGUGGACCUCCGUUUAAUUCAAAGGAAUUCACUUCAUUCCUAGUUAACCAUGGGAUAAAACCAUUAAAAAGCCCUCCUUACAACCCAAGUAGCAACGGACAAGCGGAACGACUUGUUAGAGUCGUCAAAGAUGCUUUGAAGAAGCAUCUACUGGAUCCGGAGUUAAGGCAUUUGGACAUGGAACGUUUUAUCGGCGCACCGAAACCAACUGAAACUUCUGAAAUCCACGAGAGGCUCUAAACUGCUAGUCCCGUCAAAACACUCACGGAAGCGCAGUAGUAGGGAGCUGAGUGAGGAAGAUGACACCUGCAUCGGUUUCGAGGAAGAACCUAAGGAUCGGUCAUUUAGCAAAUUCAUGGAUAAGCUAGAAAGAUCUGUCGGUUCAAACAAUCCCAAAAGACCGAAGCUCAGUCGAAGUCCAAUAAUAACAAGGAGUCGCUCGCGAACAUGUGAAGUGUAGAAUUUAUUAUUGAAAUACAUUGUUAGAAUUAAGUAUGAAUUUAUUAGCUUUAAGUAGGUAUCUAAACUGUAUUCUAAAGAGGGAAGGAUUGUUAGAUAUUCCCGGUUGGGUUAAUUGGCAGAGUCCACACAGAGUUCAUUUGUAACCAACACGAACAAACUAUAAUUGUAUGUGCCAUAUAUGGGUAUAAAAGACAGCCUGAAUAAACCCAAUGAUCAGUUCUUAACAGUAACUUGAAAGUGUCUUUAUUUUCAUAUCGAAGAAACUACCUUAAUUAAAUAUAGUUCUAAGUUUUGAACAAUUACAAG